AUGCCAUUUCCAACCUACAUGAACACCCAACUCACUGAACCAAAUGUUCAAUGGAUGAUGAUCAAUUUCAGCACACUCUUCUUCUUCAUCUUCUUCCUUGUUCUUCAAGUUGCUUCAGGAGGGAAUGAAGAAUGGAAAACAUGCAGAGAAGGAAGUGAGCAAUCUCCUGUUGAUGUGAACCAUAAACUUAUGCAGAUUGAGAAGAGAAAUGGAAGCCUGAUCACAAGUUAUGGCAGUAGUGAUGCAACAAUGAAGAACAAUGGCUAUGAAGUUAUUCUUCAAUGGAUGAAUGGUACUGCAGGACAUCUCUUGAUUGAAGGCAAGAAGUUUAUGCUUCAACAAUGUCACUGGCACUCACCUUCUGAGCAUACCUUCAAUGGCCAAAGAUAUCCUCUAGAAAUGCAUAUGGUUCACUCUAGCAGUGAAGGGGAGAUCGCAAUAAUUGGAGUGGUUUAUGAACUUGGGGCUGCUGACAUCUUCCUCUCUCCUAAGGUGAUGAGAAAUGUGAAGUAUUUGAAGGAUAAACAACAAGAUGAGGUGUUGAUGGGUUCUAUGCUUCCACCAUUGAUAGAGAGGACCACUCCUUAUUAUAGAUACUUAGGCUCCUUAACUACUCCACCUUGUAGUGAAGGUGUUGUUUGGAGUUUGGUUCAUGAUGUGCAGACUGUUUCAUUGGAACAAGUGAAGUUGAUUAGAGCUGCAAUAAACAAUAUAAAUAAUGCAAGAAAGAUUCAACCAAUAAAUGGUCGGUCAAUCUACUUGUAUGAACCAGAGAUGGAUGAAGAGCACAGAGAUUUCAAAUAAUAUAACGAUGUUAAGAAACAAAAUAAACUUCUUUCAUUGUUGGAAGAAACAGAGAAUGAAUCAAUAAACAUCGAUAAAAUAAACAAUCAAAAUGGA